GGCUAACCUUUUAGCUUUACUGUGCAGCUAUAACUAUAAGUACACCCAAGCUGAACCUGGAACCAUACUCAGAGGUCUCAGCAAGCAUUAAACAUAAAUUCCUGGCAUCGUUUUUUUUUUUUUUCUAAAAUAUUUUCUCCGCAUCUUUAUAAUUAUUUUAGUACUUUGGGCUAGCUUCUUUUAAUUUCAUUUUCUUCUGGUAGGAAAAGGAACAGUUUUUUUGGGCAAACCCUGUUUCCUUUAUCGAAUUUUAUUUUUCCCUCUGUUUUGAAUCAGAAUACAACGGAUCAAGGAGAAGCAAUGCAAGAAAUCAAUCAUCCAUUUGGAUUCAACGAUGGUGCGGAUAUUGGGAAUUCGGUAUCACAGCUGAUAUUAUCAGGAGGCUCAAAUACCUUAGAUUCAAUCUUCUCUCGUUGCGAGCCAUCAAUAGCUGCCGUCGGCACCAACUCUGUUUAUGAGCCAUUAGGCUCUUCAGUUUAUCUCCGGCAGAGAGAUCUCCUUCUAAAAUUCUGUCAAGGAAACGCUUCAUUUUCUCGCAACUCCGUAGCGGAUCAGCUUCGAAACAGCCAAAACACUGCAUCGACGAGCAACUGCGUCAGUCCUCAAAAGACGAAGCUGUACAGGGGCGUGAGGCAGAGACAGUGGGGCAAAUGGGUGGCCGAAAUUCGGCUCCCACAAAACAGAGUGCGAGUCUGGUUAGGCACUUACGAAACGCCCGAGACGGCAGCUUAUGCAUACGAUCGUGCGGCGUAUAAGCUCAGAGGGGAAUAUGCGAGGUUGAAUUUCCCGAACCUGAAGGACCCGGCAAAGUCGGGUUUGGGGGAUUGUGCUAGGUUGAACGCUUUGAAAAAUGCGGUGGAUGCUAAGAUUCAAGCCAUUUGUCAAAAGGUGAAAAGAGAGAGAGCUAAAAAGAAUGCCAAGAAAGGCAACUCUGAUCGUCCUGCUGCUUCUCCUGAAGCAAAAAAUGAUGUGAAGGUAAUAGAACCAUGUACAUCAUCCUCAUCGUUGGCUUUUAGUGACAAUUUAAGCAACGGAUUGUUGUCACCACCUAGAGUAUCUGAGGAUGGGUUUCGGAGAUGUAUGAAUUCACCGUCGUCUGUUUCAAAUGAUUCUACAAUGAUGAUGGCAGGGGAACCAAACUUUGAAGACUGUUCACUUGCAAGAAUGCCAUCUUUUGAUGCUGAUUUACUAUGGGAGACUCUUGCUAAUUAGCAUCUCAUCAAUGGGUUUAGGAUUUAGUAGUAUUUUUUUUAAGGAACGGUCACUUUGGCCUUUGUUUUAGUAUGAAAGGCAUUAGAUUUAGGAGAUAAAAAGAAUAGUAAACGGAUCUUUCUAAAAUUUUGCAAGUAGCAGAAAAUAAAUAUCCUUAUUUACUGCUCUUCUAGUACUAAGAGACUUAUAUUGAUGCAAUCAUUUUGUACAAAUUGUUUUCAGAUCAGUCUCAUAUCCUGUAAGUAGAAUCAGCCACGCAUGCUCUUUCUUGGCCAAUGGUGAGAAAGCCACGAGAAAGAAAUUGUGGUCCUCAGUCACCUCUACAUCAUUUAUAGAAAAGAUAGAUGACUAAUGAUUUAGACCAGAUAGUUGUACUGAGUACGACUGCACAAUGGCAUGACUUAAUAAGGGAUAAGAAAGAUUAGAAUAUUGUCAGGUUUCA